UGAAGUUCACAAGAGAAGAACAGUUUAAGAUUAAAUUGAAAUACUUUAGUUGACGAUAAUGGCAAAAAAUAAUAGUCGUAUAGGCCGUCUUAUAAGACAAAAUAUAUUGAUUCUAUUAACAAUAGGAAGUGUUGUGAUUGGAGUGGCCUUAGGGUUAGGGCUCCGCUACAUAGGCGAAGAUAUAUGGAACCAAAGGACUGUGAUGUAUGCCAAUUUUGUCGGCGAUCUGUUCCUUCGAUGCAUUAAAGCGAUUAUUUUGCCUCUAAUCAUAACAUCCCUAAUUUCUGCGGUUGGUUCCAUGGAUCAAAGUUUGUCAAAAAAAAUUGGUGGAUUAUCAAUAUUAUACUAUAUGACCACAACUAUUUUGGCGGUAAUAGAGGGUAUCGUCUGGGUUACAACAAUUAAACCAGGACAAUGGAUGAACGAUGAAAACACUUCUGCAAACAAACCAAUUGCAAACAUUACUACGGUGGACACGUUUUUGGAUCUGAUAAGGAAUGCAAUCCCUCCAAAUCUAGUACAAGCGUGUUUGGAACAAUACCAAACUGUCUUGACACCUCCAACUACAUACCCAACAGAAAUUAAUCUUGGAAAAUGGGAUAUUUCUGGUCGGUAUAUCACUGGCACUAAUUUAAUUGGAAUAGUGGCUGCAUCUAUCGCUUUUGGAGUAGCAUUGAGCACGUUAAAAAGUGAAGUACAAGAGGUUCUUACUUUUAUACAGCAAUUAUCGGUUACUGUUAUGAGAGUCACUGGUUGGAUUAUUUGGUUAUCUCCCAUUGGAGUUCUGUCACUAAUCAUUGCGAAAUUUUUGGAAAUGGAUAACAUUGAAGAGGUUUUCACUAAAUUAGGAAUGUAUUUUACUGUAGUGGUCUGCGGAAUAAUUUUCCAUGGGAUCAUUGUUCUUCCAACAAUUUAUUUUUUACUCACUAGGAAGAAUCCAUAUAAGUUUCUUAUUAAUAUGGGUCAAGCAAUAGCAACAGCUUUCGGAACUUCAUCCAGCUCGGCAACAAUGCCAGUUACGAUGCAAUGCUUAGAGGAAAAAAAUAAGAUCGACGUACGUAUAACUCGUUUUGUUAUCCCUAUUGGAACAACUAUCAAUAUGGACGGAACUGCUCUCUAUGAAGCUGUUGCUGCAAUAUUUAUAGCCCAACUGCGUGGACUAGAACUAUCAUUUGAAAAAAUUGUAGCAGUUGCGAUAACAGCAACCGCAGCUAGCAUAGGAACAGCAGCAGUACCACAAGGGGGUUUGGUGACGCUCGUAAUGGUUUUGGAUUCUAUCGGUCUACCGAGUGAAGAUGUGUCGUUGAUUAUUGCUGUUGAUUGGUUAGUUUCCGCCACUGUUGUGGCCAAUCACCGACGCUCAGAGAGGCGACUCCACACCCAGGACCCUAACUCACGACCCGUUUAUCAACGGACCGGUGCCAACGGCUUUACUUCCUCAUGCGAUGGAAGGCGUGAUCCCAGAGAUUUUUCGCCUCAGAAAAUCUCCCGGUGUCGGCUAGGAUUGAAUCUAGACCAGUUGGGUUGGUUGUGAGUGGAUCACGCCACCUCACAACCAUCGACACCUAUGUCGGCGGUGGGAUUCGAAUCCAGGCGUCGAGCGUGGUUGGCGGAGACGUUACCAACCACGCCAGGCCCCCGCUGAAAGUACUGGUAUACUUUACCAACAUUUUUUUCAAUAAAGAAGGGAUUGUUAGUAGCUUAAAUAUUUAUGAUAAAUAUUAGUAAGUAUGUGUGUCCAAUCACAAAUAGUGACUUCUAAACACUGUUAGAAAAUUGUAAUUUAAUUUGUUAGGAUUUGUUCGCUUUCGCAAUUAGGACUAAUCAUUCGUAGGGAUUUAAACCUACUUGUCAAAUAAGGGAAAUAAACUUACAAACAACUUAAUUCCUAACUUAUUGGCUAUAAAGAGACCUGAUGAUUGCAACGAUUUUUGUCGAAAAUUGGUAAUAAUUUUACGUCAAGCUUCCAAUGUUUCAACACCAGAAAGUCUAUGUAAAUCGAGUGUACCAAA